GCAGGCGUCACGAUAUAACUUGCGUCACCGACCGCGAAGAUUCGGCGUGGGAGACUUGGUGAUGCGAAGACAGCAUGUGUUGUCUUCCGCCGCGCAAGGGAUCGCCGCAAAGCUCUCGCCAAAGUUCGCGGGACCCUUCCGCAUUGAAAAGGUGCUCUACGCGACCCUGUACGAGCUCCUAUCCGAGAGGGGGGCUCCGGAAGAGCGAGUGCACGACCCGUGGGAGCGCGUCUUUAGACGCUAUUACAACGACUUCUGCGUCAUCGGGGAGCGGGAAUUGAAUUUCUGGGACGACGUGGCGGAGGCCCUGCGAAGCACGCCGAUGAGGGUCGAGCGUCCACACCAGGCGGUGGUGAGGGACUUCCCCGCGACCACCAACCGUCAACGCAGACGGUCCCAGGCUGCCGACCGGCCCCUACGCGGACCACGGCGGACCAGACCGAGAUCAAAGGCCUGGCGAAGGGAGGGGCGCCCAAGUACAGCCGGGGCACCGAGACCGACCUCGCCGAGCUGAAUCGAUCCCGCUCGCGGAGCCGACCACGGACAGGAGUCCCAGAACGACCACGCCGUCCCAGUAGAUCCCCGGGAGCGGCGUCGGAGGGCACCAGCCAGAGCGGGCCGACCAGAAAUGCGGACCGGUGUUGGA